AUGGAUUCUCCAGCCCAAAUACUUAUGGGCCGCCGUUUGCACAAUAGAUUACCAAUGAGUAGAAAAUUAAUGUAUGAAGCAGUUGAUAAUUCAAAAAAUUAUCAAGCGCUAAUGAGUUAUAAGAAAAAAUCUAAUUCAAAUUAUAAUAAGACGGCUAGGGACCUACCUACGCUUAAACAGGGUGAUAGGGUAGUUCUGGCAGGGGAUAAUAUAGGGAGGCCUGUCAAGGUCAUUGUGAAAUCCUCAGAGCCUAGGUCAUACAUAGUGGAGGACGCGGAGGGGCGCCGCUACAGACGUAACAGGCGACACCUGGUGGCGCGGGAGCGGCCGGCGCCGGCGCAGCCCGAGCCCGCCGUCAGCUGUUCCGCACAACAGCUGAUCACUGAUAAGGUAGUGUUGCCCUCUGCGAGCGCCUCCGACACACCGACGUCCAUUGUUAGCGGUCCCGUAACUAGGUCAAAGACUCGAACGCGCGCUGGCUUAGGAGUUGAUUUAAAUAAUUUGUUUUGA